AUGUUCUCCAAGUCUGUUCUCAUCGCCCUGGUGCCCUUUGCAGUGGCUGGUCCCAUUGCUCCUCGACAGGGUCUUGGUUCUGGCCUCGGUUCUGGCCUUGGCUCUGGUAUUCCCAGCUUUGGACUUCCCAGCUCUGGCGGCGACUCUACUGGUGGGCUCCCCAGCAUUCCCAGCAUCCCAAGCCUAGGCUCUGGAGGUUCAACUGGAGGACUUCCCAGUAUUCCAGGCCUAGGCUCUGGUGGUUCAUCUGGAGGUAUUCCUAGCAUUCCAGGUCUGCCCAGCUCUGGAGGCUCAACCGGUGGUCUUCCCAGUCUCCCUAUCGGAGGUGGUGGCUCAAGCUUCCUCCCAGGAGGCUCUACUGGUGGAGACACCACAGGAGACACUUCUGGAGAUACCUCCGGCAGCGCUUCAACCAGCGCUCCCGCUUCUCAACCCACGGGCUCUAGCGAGAUUCCCCGUGCUGAGGGUGGUUCAUCCACCUCUCCCUUCGGCAGCUUCCUUGGAUCUGCCGGUGGCAGCAGCGGCGGCUUCGGUGGUUCCACUCAGAACGGCCUCAGCGGCGACUGCAAGGACGUAACGGUUAUCUUUGCCCGCGGUACCACUGAGAUGGGCAACGUCGGCACUGCCGCCGGACCUCCUUUCUUCCAGGCUCUUGCUCAGCAGCUCGGAAGCGAUAAGCUCGCUGUCCAGGGUGUUGAGUAUGCCGCCAGUGUCGGUGGCAUUAUGCAAAUGGGAGACCAGGCUGGUUCCCAGAAGAUGGCGAGUCUUGUUAAGGAGGCUUAUCAGAAGUGCCCCAAGACCAAGGUCGUCAUGUCUGGAUACUCACAGGGUGCUAUGCUGGUUCACAACGCAGCCAAGUCUCUCCCCGCCGAUACCACCAGCAAGAUUGCUGCUGUUGUCAACUUUGGUGAUCCUUUCCAGCGACAGGCUAUCCAGGGUGUUCCCUCUGACCGCGUCAAGAUUAUCUGCCAUGCUGGGGACGGUGUCUGUGCUGGUACUGCUGCUAUUACCCCUGACCACUUGACAUACAGCCAGGAUGCCAACACUGCUGCUCAGUUUGUUGUUAGCAAGGUCAAAUAA